GCUACAGUCGAUUAAUCUUCAUCUUCUCUAUUAAAUUAAUUUUAAUGUCUGAAUAUUCAUCUCUUCUUCAGACAGCAGUUCUUGAAUCGGCAGAAGAAUUUGCUUGUUUUAUUUGCUCAAGGUUUUUCUUCUCUGCGUGAAAAUGGGUGCUUCAGGAAAGUGGAUUAAAUCUCUGAUCGGUCUCAAGAAACCCUCGCCCCAUGAAUCCAUCGAAAAGGGAGAAGGUAAGGGGAGGAAAUGGAAGCUAUGGAGGACCCCCUCGGGGGGCAAAACCACCGCCGGCGGCGGCGGUGGCGGUGGCGGUGGCGGCGCGGCGGAGAUUGAGGGCUCGGAGGUGUCUUCUUAUUUCAUCGACGGCGAAAUGGCCGCCGCCGUAGCUGCUUUAGCCAAAGCUUCUCCAAGAGAUUUCAUGGCUGUUCGAAGAGAAUGGGCUGCUGUUCGAAUUCAGACAAAUUUUCGUGCAUUUCUUGCACGACGAGCUUUGAGGGCUUUAAAAGCAUUGGUUCGGCUUCAAGCUAUAGUCCGAGGUCGAUUAGUUAGAAAGAAAGCCGACGUAACUCUACGAUGUAUGCACGCUCUGGUUCGGGUCCAGGCUCGGGUCCGAGCUCACUGCAGCCAAGCCUCAGGUUCGGAGCAUUCGAAGGAUCGAAAUCGACUUGAUCCAAUCAAACAAGCCGAGAGCGGAUGGUGUGAUAGCCGCGGGACUGUCGAGGAAGUCCGGUCGAAGCUGCAAAUGAGGCAAGACGGAGCCAUCAAAAGGGAGAGAGCUAUUGCCUAUGCUCUUUCUCAGCAGCAGCUGCAGAAAACCCCAAAAUCGUGCUUGAAAUCGAGCACGCCGAGCAAGAAGCUAAAUUGGUUAGAGCGCUGGAUGGCGAACAGGCCGUGGGAGAGUAGGCUGAUGGAAGAAUUCCCGGGGGAGUCAUCAAAUUCGACGCCGAAAUCUUUAAAAUAUGGCGCCGGGUCUUUGUCGAGCGCAUCCGAUUACGAUUCGGUGACGAUGAGGCGCAACAACGUUUCGAAGCGGGUCAUCGCAAAAGUCCCGAAAAGCUGCCAAAUUACGCGCUCGAUCUCCGAUCCAUUUACGGAGUCGAUCUGCGGCGAGAGCACGAACUCGAACUUAUCAUCGACGACCACAUCGGGAAGUCCGGGAUCAGGGGAGAUAAAUGGCCCCCGGCGUAACUACAUGAGCCUCACGACGUCGAUCAAGGCGAAGCAGAAACCAGGCAGCACUUAUUCCUCGAAUCCUCGAUCUAUCCAAAGGCAUUCGAUCGAGGAUGUACCAUGUUGUAGGAAACCGAGUCCUUUGUCUAAAGGGAUCGCUCGGAGGAGCGCCGAUGCUGAUCUUUACACGGUUGAUUUAUGCAAAGAUCUCUAUCCUCCGGUGGGCGGAGGUAAAGGUUAUUACAAGUGAGGCGACGAGGAAGAUCGAUCGAUUGGUGUUGUAAGAGUCGAAGUAUUUUGAUGAGUUCAACGUCUUGUUGUUCUUGGUACUUCUUUGUUUUUUUCAAUCUUUUAUUUUUUUUCUUCGAUUCGAGAUUGCCUUAGUUAUCGGGUAGUUAGGUGUUUACGGUUGGCUCGAUUUUUAUGCGAAGCGUUGUUUUGGAUACGGCGCGAUUGCGAGGGAUUAUUGGUCGUGUAGAUUUGUCGAUUUUGAGCCUUGUUUUGUGAGGUUUUUGUGUGUUUUUUGUGUAUAUUGUUGUUGUUGUCUUCUUAAUGACGAGGUUUGUGUCUUAAAUCAUCGAUGUUGUAAGAACACGGGGUUCUUUUAAAGUUUGAUUUCAA